ACGGGCGUGGCCGUCGCUGUUAGGGGGCGUGUCAAGGCGGUAGCGCACGGAGGAAAUGUAGCUCCUCGCCGUGUCCACGAUGCGUUUGAUAACAUAAAGCGACCUAGUUCACGUCACACCCCUUGAACACAUUUCCGAGAAAUCUCGUGAAGGGCUCUUUGGCUGUCGGGAUUCAUUUUGGACAUUUCUCGCGUUUAUAUCGACGUAGGUUGGCAUCCUGACACGGAGCAUGAACAUGGCCGCGUUGCUCCCUGAGGUUCGAGGACUUCAGGCGGAUGAGAAUGAAGCCAGAAUCUUACGGGUGAAAGUCAUCGCUGGAAUUGGAUUGGCCAAAAAGGACAUUCUGGGUGCCAGUGAUCCAUACACAAGAAUCUCUUUGUAUGAUCCAAUGAAUGGAGAGAUCACCAGCCUGCAAACUAAAACCAUUAAGAAGACAUUAGAUCCAAAGUGGAAUGAGGAAUUCUUCUUUAGAGUGCAUCCCAGAAAACAUCGCCUGCUACUGGAAGUCUUUGAUGAAAAUCGUUUGGUAAACGGAAAUGGAGGGUGCAGGAAAAGCACGGUGCAGAUCUCUUUGCAGCCUUGCAAACAGAGCGGUGAUACGGACGGAGAGGAGGGAGAAAUCACAAGCUGUGAGGGAGGAAACGGGAGCGGGUACGAUGGAGGUUCUUGCAGCAGUAGCACGGCAAGCGAUCCAGGUUACUGCAGCAGCAAUAGCAUAUUCGAAUCGGACGUGCCUGAUCGAAAGACCCAGGAUAAGACCGUCACACGGCGGAAAGCGAGGGCACCCUUGCGUCGCUGCUCUUCUUUGGUGAUUUUUCCACGGAGUCCCUGCACAACGCCGCCCGCGUCCCCCGUCAGUCCGGUCGCGUCUCCCAUGAUUCCGCCUCUGCCCCCAUCUGGACGUAGUUCUUUUCAGACCUCACAUCAGAUGCAGCUGUCCAGCACCGAUGUGCCGCACGAUGACACCCUAGUGACAUCCAAGGGAUCCGUCGCCACGGCUGUGAACGGUCUGCGGCUGUCCAAAACCAGCUGCGUGUCAGCAGAGCAAAGAGACGCCAAAGCCAUGGUUAAUUUCAACGUACCUGCAGAACAACCGUCAGGGCCGGAGCGAACGGAAAGACACUCCAGCGUUUUACUGCGACUUCCUUCAAAGAAAGGAAAUCCAGCCAAGGCAAAGCUUAACGGUGACUGUUCCAAACCUCCCGACGGUCCGCAAUCAGAUGACGUGCCAGUAUCCCAGAAAGCGAAGCUUUACCGUAGUACCUCGGCUUGUAUGCUGCCAAGCGGACGGCCGCCGUCAACAGAAAGGAGACACAAUACCUGUCCGACUAGUAGUAAUUCCUCAAAAAAAGACUCCCGUCAUGUUCUUCAUAGGAGCAUUUCUUUGGAGGUUCCUUGCGAAAACACGGAGAUAUCUUGUCUCGUUUCGAACGGUGCACACAUUCACUCCGGGAAUGGCCCUCCACAUGUGCACAUCCAUGUGUCUCGUGGCACAGGUACAAAAAAACCAAACACUCUAAAGGAUAGCAGCGCAACCGGCACAAAGGAUCACGUUCCUACCUGUGUAGAGAGCAGAGUCACAACGAGAGAUGAUUUCCUCGGACAAGUGGAUGUUCCUCUACAUCAGAUCCCGACAGAAAAUCCAAACAACGAAAGACCCUACACGUUCAAGGACUUUCUGUUGCACCCGAGAAGUCACAAGUCAAGGGUGAAAGGUCAUCUCCGACUGAAAAUGACUUACCUCCCCAAGAACAGCGAUGCAGAGGAUGACCCAACUGAACAGAUUGAAAAUUCGGAUCCUAGUUGGGAGUUUCUGGAGUCUCCUGAGUUGUGUAGUCCUCAUAAUCCUCAUCAGCUGCCUGUGCUGCCCCCUGGCUGGGAGGAGAGGCAGGACAACCUGGGACGAACUUACUACGUCAAUCAUGAAAGCAGGACCACUCAGUGGCACAGACCCACUAUACAAAACAGUCAGAGAGAUGAUGAGCGGAGACAGGACACAAAUACAGAGUCUCAGCGGGCGUUUCUCACACGAAGACAAAUAUCUGAACAUGAAGAGAGCCGUGAACGCAGAGAGUCGCCGGAGAGUUGGGAGAUCAUACCAGCAGAUGAGUCCACGCUGUAUAGCCUCAGCGAGCGCUCGCCUCCACCUCCUCACUCCCCGUUGGAGUUUACAGGAUUCUGUGAGGAGUUCAACAGACUGCAGCCCGGGACCGACAGACGCACGUCGCUCACGCCGCAGGGUCACGGCAGUCGUAGAGGAAGUGGACAGAAUCUCACUGUUGAAGAGCAUCCCAUUCAUCCUGUGAUAAUGCCCACCUCUGCUGGUUUGCCUCCGGGAUGGGAAGAAAAGCAGGACAGUAAAGGGAGAAUUUAUUUUGUCAAUCACAACAGCAGAACUACCACCUGGACACGACCACUCAUUCAGCUCAUACAGCCGGCCUCAGAGACGGCCGCUGCCGCCGUGGGUGCGAGCAAUGCCAUGAAUCCUGCGGGCUACGCUCCGCCCCUUCUCUCUCCAGAUGUGUCCCCGCAGCACACACAUGCACUCCCCCACACACCGGAGCAUGUGGGAUUGAUGCCGACCGGCUGGGAAGUACGCAGCGCUCCGAAUGGACGAGCGUUUUUUAUAGACCACAACACUAAGACCACAACAUGGGAUGACCCUCGGUUAAAAGUUCCCGUGCAGAUGAGAAAAGUCUCUCUUGAUCCCACUGACCUCGGCCCGUUGCCGCCCGGGUGGGAGGAGAGGGUCCACAGUGAUGGCAGAAUCUUUUACAUUGAUCACAACACAAAGGUAACACAGUGGGAAGACCCAAGACUGCAGAACUCGGCCAUCACUGGUCCGGCUGUGCCAUACUCCAGAGAUUAUAAACAGAAGUAUGAAUACUUCCGCAAGAAACUGAAGAAACCAUCUGACAUCCCGAACCGCUUCGAGCUGAGUGUAAGACGUAAUGCUGUUUUGGAAGACUCGUAUCGGUGGAUUCUGUCUGUCAAACGUCCAGAUCUGCUAAAGGCCCGCCUCUGGGUGGAGUUUGAGGGAGAGAAGGGGCUGGACUAUGGAGGUGUGGCUCGGGAAUGGUUUUUCUUGAUCUCCAAGGAAAUGUUCAACCCGUAUUAUGGGCUGUUCGAGUAUUCUGCUACAGAUAACUACACACUACAAAUAAACCCCAACUCUGGUCUGUGUAACGAAGACCACCUGUCUUACUUCAAAUUCAUUGGACGGGUCGCUGGAAUGGCCGUUUAUCACGGGAAACUGUUGGACGCGUUUUUUAUCCGGCCCUUCUACAAGAUGAUGCUGCAGAAGCCAAUCACAUUGCAGGAUAUGGAAUCUGUGGACAGCGAAUACUUCAAUUCUCUGAAAUGGAUUCUGGAGAACGACCCCGCAGACCUGGACCUGAGGUUCACUAUAGACGAAGAGCUCUUUGGACAGACACACCAGCAUGAAUUGAAGCCGGGAGGAGCUGAGAUUGUCAUCAACAACAUCAACAAGAAGGAGUAUAUUCAUCUGGUGAUGCAGUGGAGGUUUGUAGACAGAAUUCAGAGACAAAUGACAGCGUUUAAAGAGGGAUUUUAUGAGCUCAUCCCACUAGACCUGAUCAAGAUCUUUGAUGAAAAUGAGCUGGAGCUGCUGAUGUGCGGUUUAGGUGAUGUGGAUGUCAACGACUGGAGAGAAAACACAAAAUAUAAAAAUGGCUACAACCCAAAUCAUCCUGCUAUCAUCUGGUUCUGGAAGACUGUACUGUUGAUGGAUGCAGAGAUGAGAAUCCGCUUGCUGCAGUUUGUGACUGGCACAUCUCGUUUACCAAUGAAUGGCUUCGCUGAGCUCUACGGAUCCAAUGGGCCGCAGUUGUUCACCAUCGAGCAGUGGGGUACACGUGACAAACUACCCCGCGCGCACACAUGUUUCAAUCGUUUGGAUCUUCCUCCGUAUGAGUCAUUCGAGGAAUUGCGUGAGAAACUGCACAUGGCCAUUGAAAACGCUCAGGGUUUUGAUGGUGUGGACUAGAAUCAGACCUCCAUGACAACAGUGUAACCAUGGCGACAGCAUCACGGCUGUCAGUUUUCUAAAGGGCCGGCACAUGUGUGUGUGUGGCUCUACAGGACAUGAAGGAUGGCCAGCGAGCUGAUCUGAGAGCAGUUUAAGCAGGAGACAAAGUGAAUGUGAUGUUACAAAAGCUGAUCUAGGGUCAUCUGAUUUCUCAGUUGUUUAAAGAAGAAUGUCAACUCUUUGGGAAUUAACCGAUCUCUUUAAUCAGUACCUGUAUGUUUAUGAUGUUUACAAAAUAAUGUUUUGUAUUGUAUCUUUGCAUACAGUUUCUCCCUACGCUAUUUCUAAAUAUCUAUAUAUUUGAUUAUAUCUAUGCAGUUCUGCAUAAUUAAGGAAUAGUAUAUUUAUGAUACAAGCUUUUAAAUGCACAUUAUAAAGUUACAGGAGAGUUGUGCACUAUUUGCCAAACAUGGUAUACUUAAAAUUUCCCGUAAUGCGGAAUAUUAGACCAUUAUCUUUUAUAACCUGUACAAAUAAUGCCAUGUUAUUGGUGUUUUGAAGCAGAAUGCGAAGAUAUCAAACAAAUAUCAAUGUCUUUUCUCGAUAUUAUAUCUUAAUCUGUACUUUCUGUGACCUUGCGUUUACAUCUUUCUUUAUGUUUACAUCAUUACAGAUACCCCAAUUGUUAAACGGUGAAUGCUGAUUAUCAAUUUUUUUACUGGUUUUGAAGGUUGAAGCACUUUUCUAAAAGUUCAAGUUUCAAGUCUUAUUGUAUAUCGAUAUAAUGCCUCAGUUGCGUUCUUUUGUGAUUUUGUGACAAAUCCUUGCUUUACUGUAUAUCAUUUAUUAAAUGUUUACAGCAUAAAUAUUGCUUAAAGUAAGCACGUUUUGUCUCGCAAACAAACAUAUUGGACUGUUUAAUAUCUUUGCCUUUAUUUGUAACAUAUAUAAAAUUCAAAUCAGUGUCCUGAAGAACAACGCUAUUCCUUAAUGGAGAAACACUUUUAAUGUCUAUACUAUUGUAUAAUGAAAUGCUACUAUAUGAAGGUGAAUUGUAUUUCUACAGAUGGGCAAAGAAUUUUUGGCACGGAUGAGAGAGAACUUUCUCAAACUCUUUUCUAUCAAAGCUUUACGAGUAAAAGUGUCUUUCAUGUCAAUAUAAAUUGUGCUGAUUAUAAUUGUCGUAUGCCAAUCUUAAUGGCUUCGUAUUUUUUUGAAAAUUAAUAAAUAAAUAAAAAUAUCUUCC